UGGGAGGAAUUGUAAUCAAUGAUGGGCGGAAAAGUGGUGGAUGCAGACAAAAAAAAGUGACCAAAAAGGUUGGGCUACGUGCCACCCUCAAAGUUCUCCUUGGCUUAUAAAUCAGACCCUCUCUGGACCAUCACUGUGCAGGAGAUAGGGAAGCUUCUGGUUAGCCAUAGAUUCUUGUAUUUAGAUACCCUUCAUAUUCUAUUGAGAGAAUCAUUUCUGGGUUUCUAAAAAGAGAGUGAAAAGAUGUUGGAGGGAAAAGCUACCAUUAAGGAAACAGACAUGCCAGAGAAGAUGCAGAUGCAGGCCAUGGCUUCUGCUUCUCAGGCCCUUGAUCUCUAUGAUGUUGUUGAUUGCAUCUCAAUUGCUGCCCAUAUCAAGAAGGAGUUUGAUAAGAUUUAUGGGAGUGGAUGGCAAUGUGUGGUUGGCUCAAAUUUUGGCUGUUUCUUCACUCAUACACCAGGGACUUUCAUCUAUUUUGCUCUGGAGACCCUCAAUUUCCUUAUCUUCAAGGGAUCCUCUUCUUAAAUUCAUAUAUAUAUUUGUAUAUAUAUAUAUAGAGGGAGAGGGAGAGAGCUUCUUUUUACAUAAUUAGAUUAUGUAUGAUGCUAUUUUGUAUAGAAGGUAGAGUAGUCGUUGAAACUGUCCCCAUCUUCUGGUUGAAUGCAGAUAUGCCUCUUUAAUUUGUA